GGACUCAGAGGAGCCGCUUCCCGCAGGAGAACCAGCAAGGAUGUCCCGGACCGACGAGGUGCACCGCAUCACGGAGAACGUGUACAAGUCCAUCAUGGAGCAGUUCAACCCCUGCUUGAGGAACUUCAUAGCCAUGGGGAAGAGCUACGAGAAGGCGCUCACCAGUGUCACAUAUGCUGCAAAGGGCUACUUCGACGCUCUGGUGCGGAUGGGCGAGAUGGCCAGCGAAAGUCAAGGCUCUAAGGAUCUUGAAGAGGCAGCAUGGGAGGUGCUCUUUCAGAUGGCUGAGGUGCACAGACAGAUCCAGAUCCAGCUCGAGGAGAUGCUGAAGUCGUUCCACAACGAGCUGCUCACCGAGCUGGAGAAGAAGGUGGAGCUGGACGCACGCUACCUGAAUGCGGCGCUGAAGAAGUACCAGACGGAGCACAAGGGCAAAGGGGAGAGUCUGGAGAAGUGCCAGGCCGAGCUGAAGAAGCUGCGCCGGAAGAGCCAGGGCAGCAAACACCCCUCGAAGUACGGAGACAAGGAGAUGCAGUACGUUGAAGCCAUCAGCAACAAGCAGAGCGAGCUGGACAACUACAUCGCCGAGGGCUACAAGCACGCCCUGUCGGAGGAGAGGAGGCGGUACUGCUUCAUGGUGGACCGUCAGUGUGCUGUGGCCAAGAGCAGCAGCGUCUACCACAACAAGGGAAAGGAGCUUUUAUCUCAGAAGAUCCCGAUGUGGCAGCAGGCGUGUGCCGAGCCCAACAAGCUGCCGGAUCGUGCCAUGUUCCUGGCGCAGCAGAUGAGCGGCAUGGUGGGCAGCAUGGCGCCCGGUGCUCUCCAUCCAGGCAUGUCCAUGGUGGAGUCCGUCCCCGGCGCCAAACCGCUGCCGGUGCCGCCGGAGCUGGCAGCGUUCCGGGCCGGUGGAGGAAUGGGGCAGCAGCGGCUGAUGGGGGGGGCGGAGGCAGGGAUGCCGGUGAUGAACGGCUCGGCCGGCGCCCACGGAGGAGAAGACUACCAGCAGUGGAUGGAGGGCAAAGUGGCCCAGGGCAAAGCCUCGCCCGGGACCCAGCGGCACGGGGGGGAGGUCUACUCCAACACCCUGCCUGUGCGUAAGGCCGCCCCCCCCAAGAGCAAGACCACGCUGAUGGAGACUCGCACUCUGCCCCGGUCCAGCUCCAUGGCUGCAGGGCUGGAGAAGAACGGGAGAACCUGUGUCCAGGCCAUCUUCUCUCACACGGCCGGAGACAACAGCACGCUGCUCAGCUUCUCCGAGGGCGACGUCAUCACCCUGCUGGUGCCCGAGGCCCGGGACGGCUGGCACUACGGAGAGAACGAGAAGACCCGGAUGCGUGGCUGGUUUCCCUUCUCCUACACCAGGCUGAUCUCUGAGGGGGACAGUGACUCCAUGAGGCAGCUCCGGGUUCACAACCUCCACCACGGGAAGAGCAGCAGCACCGGGAACCUCCUGGAGAGAGAAGACAUGGCUCUGCCCGUCCCCGACUACGGGAGCCACGCCCGCAUGGCAGCGCCGAGCGCCGCAGCGCUGCAUGGCAGACAGCAGCGGCCCUACAGCGUGGCAGGGCCAGGCUCCUCACAGCACGGAGUCGAAGAGUACGAGCCUCGUUUCCCCUCAAGAGACAAUCCACCGAUCGAGCCGGUCGUGGAGGCCCCGGCCAGACCGCCGCUUUCUGACGAAGAGGAUGAAGAAGAGGAUGAGGAUCAGCUGGAUGAAGCUCACUACGACUCCCUGGAGAAGACCUUGACUAUCGCAGAGGAGAUCUGAAAGCUCCGAAUCCAUCACAUCAUCACUUAGUGGGACUAAAUCAUGAG